CGGGUCUUCGGCCCAGAUGGUGGAGCUCAGGCUGAAGGGCGGCGGGGAGGUUCCCAUCGCGGACGGGGACACGGUGGCGGUGGGCGUCGUGGACAUCGCCGGCGCGGGCGUUCGCGCGAUGCUCGCGAUGCGUCCCCCCGGCGCGGCUGCGCUCGAGCUCGAGCUCGUCGGGAUCCCGGCGAGCGCGGACCGCGAGGGCGCCGCCGGGCCGACGUUCGGGGACGACGUCGCCGGCAUCUGUCUCGUCCAACCCGCGCCCGGGGUGUCGCUCAUCGCGGUCAAUCGCCCGCUGAGCGCCGCCGAGGAGGCGCCGUUCGCGCACGCGUUGGCGUCGCUCGUCACCGAGCGCCGCGCGCCGUUGUGCAUCGUCGCGGGGGCGCUCAGGCUCAACGUUGGCGGCGAGGGCGUCGUUUUCCAGCACGCCAUCAACGGCGCGGCGCCGCUGGACCUUGGCGCGAACGGCGGCGACGGCGUUCAUCGGCUGCCAGGAAAUCUGCCCAUCCCCGACGGCUCCAUCGCCGCGUGCGUUCACUCGCUGAGACACGCGGGCGUUCCAACCGUGUGCGCGCUGACGCACGGAUACAGAGUCGCCAAGCUGGGGUCCGAAGCGGAGACGGACGCUGCGGCGGCGGCGGCGCGGCUGGGAACGGCGGUGGCGAAGGGUUUGGGAUGCGCCCGCGACGGGCGGGCCGACCUCGCGGCGAAUUACGUGUGGCAACCCGACGAGGUCGCGGCGAAGGCGGACCAGAUGUACAACUAAAGUCUUUGAGCUAGUAGUCUUUGAUGAGCCUAAGUGUUAACCG